UGAAAAUAUUCAUUCUUCAUGGUAUCGGAGCUUUAAUCAAUCACAGCUCCCUCUCCAACCCUAAUUCUCUCCUUCUCUGUUUCGGCCCCCCCUCACGACAGCUCUUCUCGGCGGCGAACAUGGCCGAGGUUUCCUCCGUCUCUUCCGAUAACAACUCCUCUAAAUCUCCCCACCUUGCCUUCACCACAAUCUCUAACAUUAAACUCCAUAUUCCUGUCCAACUUAGUCUCUCAGAACCAAAUUACAAAAAGUGGAGUCGAUUGUUUCGUCUCUUGAUCCUUCGAUUCAACCUCAAAGGCUACAUCGAUGGCACAACCCGUGCCUCCUCUGCAGAUGAUGCUGAAUGGUAUCAAUUUGAUGCCCUAAUUCAAGGAUGGAUCCUGGCUACGAUCACGGAUGAAGUCUCCGACCUUGUGCUCUCCAACAAUCUCACCGCUCAUGCUCUAUGGACGGCAAUUUACAAUCUUUUUCACGACAACAAGCACGCCCGGGCGAUGCAAUUGGAGCACCGUUUCCGUACAACUGUUAAAGGUCAACUCUCCAUCAACGAAUAUUGCCGUCUUCUCAAGAAUCUCUCCGAGUACCUAGAUGACGUGGAUGCGCCUGUCACCGAACAUGCUCUUGUACUUCAGGUUCUUCAAGGCCUCCCUCACAACAUCCGGAGUCAAGUUCAAUUCUUGCAAUACCAAAAUCCACUGCUGACUUUCUUGGAGGUCCGAUCCGCCCUACUUCUCGUCGAACAGCAACAAACCGACGCCAUGUAUGGCGCCGGCUCGCCGUCCACAGCCCUCCUCAGCACCGGCGGCGGCGGCGGACAGACGGGCAGCGGACAGACGGGAACCCACCCCAAACCCGACAGGCCCCUCCCACCCGAUGGUUACCCGAUCCAAGGCCGGCAUCUUUUGCCCAAAACAAAUCCUAAACCUCAACACCGUUGUACCCAUCUCUCCCAUACCCCCUACCUACCGUAGUGCUCUCAAAGAUCCUAACUGGUACAAUGCCAUGCUAGAUGAAUAUAAUGCCUUGAUAGCU